GGAAAUAUAAACACUUACGUUAUGACGUCAUUAAUUUUUGGUGCUAAUUGUUCGCCAUUUAUAGCUCAGUUUGUAAAAAAUAAAAACGCUCAGCGGUAUGAGUCAUCAAUGCCCGCUGCUGCUUCCGCCAUAUAUAGAAGUCACUAUAUGGACGAUUAUAUAGAUAGUCUACCUAACGAGGAAGCCGCAAUACAAUUAAUUGACAACAUUAUGUUUAUUCACAAGCAAGGCGGGUUCCAGAUGCGGAAUUGGACGAGUAAUAGUAAAAAAAUACUCGCGAGCCUACCUAAAGAUUUAUUGGGCGAAGCAGCUGUUAAAUUUAAUACAGGUGAACUGUAUGAAGGCGAACGCACGCUUGGAUUGAUUUGGCAUCCAAAUGAUGAUACUCUCAGAUUCGACGUGUCUUUCAAGCGGAUACCCGAAACUAUUAUAAACGGAACUCAAAAGCCUACCAAGAGAGAAAUGUUACGCGUGAUUAUGUCCAUUUUUGACGUUUAUGGCAUUCUAGCGCCGUUCACCAUAAAUGGAAAAAUUAUGCUACAAGAAAUUUGGAAAUCUAAAAUAAGCUGGGAUGAUUACAUAACCGAAACGGUAUUCCAAAAAUGGUCGAAAUGGAUUUAUCUUCUGAAAUCAUUAAAAAACGACUACGGCUACGAAUAAUGCUACGAGCGUAGCACACGCCGAAUCCGCUACGAAUACUGCAUCGCACAGCUACAAUAAUAAUUGUGGAGAAGAUUGCAGUGGAGUUUUAACUAGAACUGGAUAUAGAAACUUGCAGAUGCAUAUAUUUUGUGAUGCGUCUAACAAAGCAUACUGCGCCGUCGCGUACUGGAGAUGGAUUGACGACGAGUUUAACAUACGCGUAGCAUUCAUUGCGAGCAAAUCUCGAGUUGCAGGAAACAAACCUAUUACCAUCCCACGUUUGGAACUUCAAGCCGCCGUCUUAGCGGCAAGACUAGCGGACUCAGUCACUAGAGAACAUAUUAUAAAGCCUGAACAACGAAUAUUUUGGAGCGACUCGACGACAGUGCUGCAAUGGAUAAGAAAUGACGCUCGCGACUAUAAAGUUUAUGUGGCAAAUCGUUUGGGUGAAAUUGAUGAGUUAACAAAGAUAAAAGAAUGGCGUUAUGUUCCCACUAAAUUAAACGUCGCUGAUAUUGCAACGAGAGAAAACUAUAAAUUCCCGGCCCUCCAAGAUGAAUGGUUGUAUGGACCUACCUUCUUACGCCACGAAGCAAACGAAUGGCCUCACGACUUCAUAAGCGACAGAA